AUGAUGCCAGGGUGGAACGUUAGCGUUACCUUGCCGACUUCCACGCCGACCCGCUGCCGGGAGUGUUCACUGGCACCCGACGAGGAGGACAUAACCACGAUUGAUGCCGUCGUGGUGGGCGCCGCAUGCGAGGGCGGCUUCUUCCACCUGCUCGUCAAGUGCACCAAGGAGUACCCGAUGUCGCCGCCUAAGGUGCGCUUCAUGACCUCCGACGAAGGGCGCGUGCAGUUCAACCCGCACAUUUGGCCCAACAGCGGCAUCUGUCUCAGCUUGCUGGGCACCAUGGACGGGCCGACCUGGACACCCGCGUACAGCCUGUCCUCGGUGGCCGUGUCCAUCCAGUCGAUGCUGGACGAAAGCGUUGGAAACGUGGACGGCGCAUUAGCCGCUCUCGAGCACAUCAUAUUAGGCUUCUGGAACCCGGGCGCCGCAAAAGCCACGCACUACGAGACCCUCCGGGUGGCCUGUUUGCAAUACCAUCGAGUCCUGCCUCGCCGACAACUGCCCGUUCCGGCCAUCUCCGCGGGACCAGCUGCACGCCAGCUUCACGGACAACUGCUCAAUGUGUAA